AUGGACGUCAAGUCUCCUAUUGCAGCAGAGGUUUCUUCUAGUGCGACUCAAACGCGCUACCAGUUUGGCUGUCCUCCGUGCUCUGGUUACCGGGUUGGUAUGACAAGCAGUUUCGAUAAAACUAUAAACCGACAUCCAUGCACAAGCGCAUAUUUACUCAAAUGUACUGCAUUUCCUCCGUCGUGGUCUGAGAGUGUACUGGCACUUUGCAGAAUCAUCGGGAGGCAAUUCAUUCUGCCAGGCAGGCCUUGCAUUUCAGACGGCCGUCACCUGGAAUUACGUAUUUUUGCUAGUUUCGAGACCAUCCUCCGGUGUUGGUGGCAACCUCUUUGGGAUAUUCCGAUCUUAGCCCUGACCCUAAGCAAUCCAACUUCUCUACAAGUGCAGUUCAUAAGUAUUCAACACAAUUAUCCGUUCUUAAAGAGGAAGAUACGACUUUUAAUGUCCUAUGGUAAGUCAGGCUUCUACGGAGAAACUGUGACGAUGCUAAUGCAUCCACUUGUGGAUUCCACAAGUCUGGCCUCAUACAGCCCCAUUCACGCUUCAUCGGGGCUUGAAUCCUUACCAAAAUCACACAAAAAAAGACAAUUUAGCAUUCUUGUUGUUUAG